AUGGCGAAAGCACAAGCUCUGAGUGUCCACGUGUUGUCAAAGAGUUGGACCUUCAAGCAGGCUGAUGAUACUGGUGAUGAUGGCUGGAUGUCGGUCAAAAAGGUUCCGACUAAUGUUCACUUGGACUUGAUGGACCAUGACAAAAUUCCGGAUCCCUUUCUGGGCUUCAACGAGCUUGAAGCAGAGUGGGUGGCAGACAAGGUUUGGACAUACAAAGUCGAGCUGCCCAAGGUACAGGAAGCAAAGGAGGGCAUUGCACACGUACUAGCAUUUGACGGCUUGGACACCUUCGCUACCGUCAAGCUUAACGGAGAGACUAUCCUCAAGAGCGACAACAUGUUUAUCCCGCAUCGCCUUGACGUGACCAAGAGGCUCAACUCUGAGGGCACGAACACUUUGGAGAUCGACUUUGCAUCUGCCCGGCUCGAGGCCAUUAAGAUUCAGGAAAAGUACCCAGAUCAUAAAUGGGUUGGAUUCAACGGCGACAUGUCAAGGCUUGCUGUGAGGAAAGCUCAAUACCACUGGGGCUGGGACUGGGGACCAAUUUUGAACACGUGCGGUCCGUGGCGCGAAGUACGGCUGGAAACUUAUCAGGCAAGAGCCAAAGACUUGAGGGUCGACUACAACCUUGACGAUAGCCUGAAAUCGGUCCAAGGAACUAUCUCUGCCGCAAUCGAGGGAGCUUCUGCAGACAGCGUUAGCUUUGAUGUUUUCGAUGGAGAUCAACGAGUCUUCAGAGAGACUGCAAAAAUCAGUGACGGCGUGGUCAAAGUGGAUUUUCAUGUCAACAGUCCGAAGCUAUGGUACCCUCAUGGUUAUGGCGAGCAGCCCUUGUACACCAUCACUGCAACGGUUCUCGCGAAUGGAGCGGAAGUACAUCAAACAUCACGCCGAACAGGAUUCCGGAAAGGCGAGCUCAUCCAGGAACCAGAUGCUAUUGGUAAGAGCUUCUACUUCCGCGUCAAUGGCGUUGAUGUGUUCUGUGGCGGCUCGGACUGGAUCCCCGCCGACUCUUUCACUCCACGUGUAACCGAAGAGAAAUACCGUAAAUGGCUCGAGAUGAUGGUUGAUGGCUAUCAAAUAAUGAUCAGAAUAUGGGGUGGCGGCAUCUGGGAAGAAGACAUCUUCUACGACAUCUGCGAUGAACUUGGUGUCCUGGUGUGGCAAGAUUUCAUGUUUGGAUGCGGCAAUUAUCCCGCCUUUCCGGACAUCUUGCGAUCAAUCAAGGAAGAGUGCACCGCCAACGUCACCAGGCUGCGACAUCACCCUUCCAUCAUCAUCUAUGCGGGAAACAAUGAGGACUACCAGGUGCAGGAGUCGUAUGGCCUGACUUACGAUUACGAGGACAAGAACCCGGAGAACUGGCUCAAGACUGACUUUCCCGCUCGAUAUAUUUAUGAAAAGUUACUGCCCGACGUUGUUGCGGCGGAAAGCCCACAUGUGCCAUACCAUCCUGGGUCACCAUGGGGCGACGGCCUUAAGACAUCAAACCCCACAGUGGGUGACAUGCAUCAAUGGAACGUAUGGCAUGGCACACAGGAAAAAUACCAGAUUUUCGACACCCUCGGCGGCCGCUUCAAUAGCGAAUUUGGCAUGGAAGCAUUUCCUCAUAUCGACACCAUCAAGUACUAUUGCACCGACCCCUCGCAAUUAUACCCGCAAAGCCACAUGCUUGAUUUCCACAACAAGGCGGACGGACAUGAGCGGAGGAUAGCCACGUAUUUGGUGGAAAACUUCCGCACCAAGACUGAUCUAGAGUCGUUCAUCCACCUUACACAGCUGUCCCAAGCCGAAGCACUAAUGUUCGGCUACAGGGGCUGGAGGCGCCAGUGGGGUCAAAACAGGCAUUGUGGUGGUGCACUCGUCUGGCAACUCAACGAUUGCUGGCCAGUAACUUCAUGGUCCAUUGUCGAUUACUUCCAACGCAAGAAACCGGCUUACUAUGCUAUGCGCAGAGUCCUUGCGCCCAUCGCUGUCGCAGUCAAACGGGCGCACUUUGAUUGGAGUGUAGUGCAUGCCAGAGUGCCCAAGACCAGCGACUACGAAGUCUGGGUUGCGAGUCAGAAGCUGGAAGAAGUGGUAGCAACCGUUGAAUUACGGUAUAUUAGCGUUGAGAGCGGCAAGGAGAUUAAGGAGAAGAUCACCCAGAAGGACAUCAGACUCAUACCGAACGGAACGACCGACGUCCUCUCAGGUACGAUCGACAACCGGAACGAGGAGCCGCACGUCCUAGCCGUACGCAUAUGGGUUGAUGGCGAAAUCGUGUCCCGCGACGUCGAUUGGCCACAGCCUCUCAAGUAUCUGGACUUCAAGGACCGUGGCUUGGAAGUCACACCAAAGGGCGAGACUAUUGUGGUCAAGGCUCAGAAACCGACAAAAGGUCUUGUCUUUGAAGAGCGCUCAGGUGUUCUUGUACACGACAGUGCUAUCGAUGUAGUCCCUGGCGAUGAGCAGAUCAUCAAGUGCCAAUGGUACCAACACCCUGAGGCAUGCGGCUAUUCGAAGCCUGCGCAACGAGUUGUGCCUAGCAGAAAACUAGUCGACAAGCUUUCCAAUAACAUCGAACAGUAUAAGACCAUUUUGACAAAGUUGUAUGGGGUGAAGAACCUGGAAUCGCUAGCUAGUCUUCCACGCGAGGAACUGCUAGAACUAGCUCUUUCCUCUACUGCGAUUCACUCGACGACAUCACCAUCGGCAGCAGACUCGCAAGCGUUGUCAGAUGUCCAAGCUGGAUCUGAUGGAGCCGAAAGCUUGGAAGCACUCGAGCAGGCUCCACCCGAAGAUCCUUACUGGGAUGAGGCACGGAAGCACCAGCUCCGUGUCCAAGGCAUCUCCGACGAUGUGAACGGACUAUCAAUGUCUGUCGACCGCCUAUCCUCCUAUGUUGGCAUCUCUUCCAUCACAGCGGCGCUAAAGGUUAUCGUACGAUGCGCACCUCAGGCGCGUUCGCUCAUCGCACACAAUAGUCAAGAGACUGCGCUACCAAGCCGCGCAGGGUCUCCGCCACCGGAGCUAGCAGACAGCAGACCCGAUGCCUUACCGCCUCCUGAGCAUGGCCAACAGCUGAUUGAGAGCUACUUCGAUCGCGUACAUCCUUUCUGCCCCAUGAUUGAUGAGCGCAAGUUUUGGUCCACGUUCUUGUACGGCAACCGUAAGGACUCGGCAUGGCUGGCACUACUGAACAUGGUCUUCGCAUUGGGAUCGCUUGCCUCUCUAGCUGCAGACAACGAAGCACACUAUGUCUACUUCAAUCGAUCUCGGCAGCACUUGUCUCUCGAAUCAUUCGGAAGCGGUAAUCUAGAAGUCCUCCAGGCCUUGGCUAUUAUGAGUGGAUACUACAUGCACUAUCUCAACCGCCCAAACGAAGCACACUCCCUAAUGGGUGGUACACUUCGUAUGGCUACCGCGCUAGGUUUGCAUCGCGAGUACUCGGAACGUAGUGAUGCAAGUAGGCAAUUCAUGGCACCGGGUGAGGAAGACUCCAUCUCCCCGGAGAUGAGGCGACGUAUUUGGUGGAGUUUGUUUUGCCUGGAUUCUUGGGCAUCUACUACGACGGGACGACCUUCGCUGGGUAGGAUGGGGCCUUCCAUCACUGUUUUGAGACCUGGCACGGCUGUGAACACUUCCCAGGCCAUACCGCCACCCAAUAGCCCUCAGUACAUUGAACAGCUUAAGAUCCUUCCUCUGGUCCACGCCUCAGCAUUCUGUCAGAUCGCUACCAGGAUACAGGACCGACUCGUUGAGUCUCCACUCCUUUCCCCCGCAGAAACGGCUAGCUACGAUGCACAGAUUCUGAAGUGGCACGAAGAGCUUCCAUCGAUCCUCUCAAACCCUGACGAGCCGAGUCCAGAGUUCCUUCGGCGAACCAGACUGGUUAUGAAGUGGCGUUUUCAGAACAUCCGUAUCAUCCUCCAUCGACCAAUCCUCCUCACCGCAGCACUUCGACGCUCUCCUUGGGUCGCACUCAGCGCGGACGAAAAGCUCGCAGUGGGCAAAUGUCGACUCAUCGCCUGCAAGACGAUCGAAGAGAUUAGUCAAGAAUGUAUGCCCGAUCUCAUUUCAGGUUGGAACGCAGUAUGGUUCUGCUUCCAAGCAUGCAUGGUACCCCUCGUCUCCUUGUUCAGCGACACAAGCAUACCAGAAGAGGUCGAGAAGUGGAAGGCCAGUAUCGAAACAGCACUGGCGUUCUUCGAAACAGUCAAAGACUGGAGUAUCGCAGCAAAGCGAAGCGGCGAUGCAGUCACCCGCCUCUACGCCGCCUACAAAACAAACGUAUCAACGCUAUCCCGUCAGUCUCAGGCCGCUAUGCCACACAUAUCCCAUCCCCAACAAUACCAACAACAACAAACACACCCGCAAACCCACACACACUUCGCCGUUCCUGGUACCUCCGCCGCGCCAACUAUGCUCAAUACCCAUGCCGUCUACACUCAACAGCAACAUCCCGCCGCAUUCGGCCACUAUAACCCAGCGACACCUACCUGGGCCAAUGCCGGCAACGAUCCGACGAUUUUAAACAACUUCUGGGACGAUAUGAUGUGGGAUACAAAUCUACCCGAUAUGCUAGAGAAUCCUUUUGGACUCACAGGGGAGUAUGAGUAUGCGGGUGCGGCGCAGGAUUCUGGAGCGCAGGGGCGUGUUGGAUGCAUGGGAACUAAAGAAGACAUUAAGGAGUGUUACGGUAACGCUCUUGUCGAUCUGUCAGUAUCCAAUGUCCGAGUUUGGAUCUGA